AUGGCAAGCCUCAUGGCCAUAGGCAGCGUGCUGGCCCAGCACGAUCCCAUCGUUCAAUUGUCCACCGGCGCCCUCCGCGGGCAGACGUGCAAUACUUCACCAGCAACCUCCUUCUUGGGGAUUCCUUAUGCACAGCCUCCCACUGGCGAACUGCGUUUCAUGCCACCGCAACCUCUGUCAUUGAACACAUCUCAAGCCGGAGUCGUUUUCGAGGCCACCCACGUGGCGCCUCCUUGUAUUCAAUGGGGCUCCGAAUUCGACGUGGAGAAUCCAACUCCAUCUGAAGACUGCUUAUACUUGAAUGUGUACGUGCCUCCAGACACGACAAAUACUUCCUCUCUCCCCGUCAAGGUCUGGGCUUAUGGCGGCGGCAACAUUGGAGGCGCGGCCUCCUACCCUCUUUACGAUGCCUGCAGUCUCGCAACCGACGCCAUCGUUGUAACUUUCAAUUAUCGCCUCGGUCCGCUGGGUUUUCUGGCCCUCGACAGCGCCGGCAUUCAAGGCAACAUGGCGAUUCAAGAUUACUUGGCGGCUCUGAGCUGGGUCAAGGAGAAUAUUGUCAGCUUUGGGGGCAACUCGUCCCAAGUCUUGUUACUUGGGCAGAGUGCCGGAGCCGAUGAUGCAUUUGUCGUAUCGACUCUGCCAGAAGCCAAAUCGCUCAUUUCUGCCGCCAUCUUUGAAUCAGGCGGUGGCCAAGACAUAGUACCGUACGACAUUGCACAGCUCAGCGGUUCCAGUUUCGCAGAGACCUUGAACUGCAGCACAAACGACCUCAUCUGCCUACAAUCCAAAUCCGCCGAUGAACUCAUUCAGGCCUUUCAAACGACGCCGGCGUUGGCUCCAGGGUUUGGCAAUGGGUUGAGCGUCGGCUCCAAUUUUGCCAUCAACACACCCAACACCACGAGCUUGAGCGGCACUGUCCUCGAUGGUGAAAUCAUCAAGAAACAGCCUUUGGAAGUUGGUUCUCAGGUUCCCAUCAUUGCGGGAUCAAACGAAUUCGACGCCACGUUAUUCGUUCUCCCAAUCUACUUGACCAGCGACCAGCCUCUAGCCGAGGAAAACUACACGUCUUUUCUCGCUCAAUGGGGCCCCGCCAGCUCCGCCAUCAGCCAACAAUACCCGCUCUCGCUGUUCGAGAGCGCCGGGUCGACCACGACCGAAGCCGUGGUCGCGGCCAUAACCCACAUUGUGACACAGUCCAGCUACACCUGCAGCACCUACAAGGCCCUGCGCGCCGCCUCGGCCGCCGGCACGCAAGCGUACGCAUAUCGCUUCAACCACACCCCGAGCUGUCCGUGGCUCUGGGAGUCGGGCACGGCGUUCCCGUCGCCGGACGUGGCGGAUUUUUUCCUCUCUACCCACACGGCCGAGCUGCCGUUUGUCUUUGGCAACCUCGUCAAUCAGCCCUGGGGUAAUGGCAGCUGCAACGCCACGGCCGCGGAAUUCGCCCUCAGUCAUGCGCUGACAGCAGCGUGGACGGCCAUGGCGGUACGGGGGAACCCUUCUGUAGAGGGGCAGUCCUGGCCGCUCUUUGACGCUUGUCAGACGCGUGGGCUCUGGUUUCAAGAGUCUGGCGAGACUACGCAGUUGGAUUUCUCCGAAUGUGAGUUUUGGGAUGAGGUCUUUGCUGAUCUAGGGGGUGUCAACAUGUCUUGGCCAGACGCAAAUUGUGCUGCGAACAGCACGACGGGAGGCUCGAAAUGCUCCUCCAAAGGAAGAAUCUAA